AUGUCGCUACCAUCAACCUGCGACAUUCUAGUCAUCGGCAGUGGCAACGCAGGUUUCUCUGCUGCCCUUUCAGCCGCCCAACACAAUCCCAAAGCCAGCAUCAUUAUUAUCGAUAAAUGCCCUGCAGCCUGGGUUGGAGGAAAUAGCUAUUUCACCGCUGGCGCAUUUCGUAUUGUCCAUGAUGGCCUAGAGGACCUGCUGCCAAUAGUCAACAAUGUGCCUCCAGAAAAGGUGGCACGUAUCGAUGUACCUGUUUACUCGGUAGCAGACUUCACGCACGAUCUCCAACGGAUGACCGGUGGUCGGACAGACCCAGCUCUUUCCAGGAUACUGGUUGAGGAUUCUCGGGACACCAUUGGCUGGUUGGCUCGGAAUGGUAUCCGAUUUCAGCUCUCGUUCAAUCGUCAAGCGUAUGAGAUAGAUGGUCGAAUCAAGUUCUGGGGUGGUAUGGCGCUGAAGACUGAGGAUGGUGGAAAGGGUCUUGUUGAAGAUCACCUGCGGGCUGCGGAGAAGCACGGCAUCAAGGUCCUUUUUGACACUGCUGCAACCAAGCUCGUUACCAAUCCCCAGACUGGUGCAGUGUCAGGUGUUGAAGUUGUCACUCGCGUUCAUGAAAGCAACGACCCCGAGUCUCAACACAGUGAAAGAAUGACGAUCCAAGCAAAGGCAGUUAUCAUGGCUGCUGGGGGAUUCGAAGCAAACCCUCAAUUGCGAGCGCAAUACCUGGGUCCAGGUUGGGACGCUGCACGAGUCCGCGGGACUCCCUACAAUACCGGCGAUCUGCUCCAAAUCGCACAACGAGACGUCUCUGCAAAGGCUGCGGGUAACUGGUCCGGCUGUCAUAGCGUGGCAUGGGACGCGGACGCACCAGCGCACGCAGGCGAUCGUGCGGUAUCCAACGAAUUUACAAAGUCUGGCUAUCCCCUGGGAAUCAUGGUCAACAGAGACGGAGUUCGCUUUGUCGAUGAAGGCUCAGAUAUGCGGAACUAUACCUAUGCCAUGAUCGGUCGUCGCAUCCUCGAGCAGCCGGGACAGAUCGCGUUCCAGAUAUGGGAUGCCCGAACGACGCCAUGGCUUCGCAGCGAAGAGUAUCGACCGGAGGUGACCCGUCAUCUGACGGGAGAUUCGCUGGAGGAACUUGCAGAUCGAUGUGUUGAGGCAGGCCUGGCGGAUAAGGAGAGAUUCCUUGCGACGCUUUCAGAGUAUAAUCGUUCUGUGCCAUCCGAGGAAGCGUCCAAGGAUAAGUGGGAUCCUGCGGUCAAGGAUGGCCUCGCUACGAAGGGUCUUCCAGUGCCGAAAUCCAACUGGGCCUUGCCCAUCGAUAGGGCACCUUUCCUGGCGGUGAGAGUCACAUCGGGGAUCACGUUCACAUUCGGCGGCCUUGCUGUAAACCCCGAGACAGCAGGUGUGAUUUCAGAGGUCACUGGUGGUGAGAUCCCUGGAUUGUAUGCGGUUGGUGAGAUGCUUGGUGGUCUUUUCCAUAAUAACUACCCCGGUGGUAGUGGAUUAACAUCAGGUGCAGUAUUUGGUCGACGAGCUGGGCGAGCUGCGUCGGAGAGAGUGAAGUAG